GCGGCUCGCCUGCUUGAAAAAGGCCGAUUUCUAUGACGCAGUGAGUAGGCCGUGUGCCAGUGGUUGCCUUCCGUCGGCUGCCGGUCGGUCGUUGCAGAGAUGGUACUCUCGUUCGCCAUCUUGUCCCUCCUGCUCCUGCUCCUCUACCCCCUCAGCUACCUGUUCUUCCAGGUGGGUGGCAGAGAGGCGACGGAUGCAGCCAUCCAUGCAUCAGGCGCAUGGGAGAUCUCUCUCUCUCUCGCUGUCGCUGCUGUUGCUGGUUGGCUUUGGGUGUUGUUGCAGGUGAAGCUGAAGGACACCAUCUUUGUCAUUGUUCCCAACCUCUUUGGGGUGAGACUACUGUGCACAUCACACACACUCCAGCCGCUGAUUCCAUCUCUCGCUCAUGUCUGAGUAUGUCUGUCAGGUGUAUGGUGCUGCCUAUCUCGAGCUCAAGUUCCCCAACGAUUCCCUCCUGUCCCUCUGCACCAACAGCAACCCCGCCAGCGUCGAUGCGUGGAGCCAGGCGCUCUUCCUCAUGUGCUUCCCCCUCUUCCUGCUGGACCUCAUCUUCACCAAACAUGACUCAAUCAUGAUCAUUCACCACAUUGCAUGGUGAGUCAGCCAGGGCGCAAAAGGCGUGCAGACACCUCUGUGUCUGUCUGAAUGUGUUGUGUGGGCAUGGUGUUGCAGCAUGGUCAACUGGGCCGUUUAUCUGGCCAUCCAGUGGAGCCCUCUGAGCCACUCGAUGUCCCCCUCCUCGCCCAUCGCUUGGUUCGCCUCGGGCGGUUUCAUCUUCCAAAUCCCAGGCUUCUAUCUCGAGUGCGGCCUCUUCGUCAACCACUACUUCCGGCUCAUCCGCAAGCAGCGGCCGGCCUACCUGGUGCCCGCGGCUGUCACGUUCCUGGCCUACUUCACGGCCAGAGUGCUGUUUCUGCUCUACUGCUGCGUCGUGCAGCUGCGGUACAUCGAGGGCGAGUGGGUCGGCAAGAUAUCGACCGAGAUUGUCUUCGUCUGCAAUGUGGUCUGGUUGGUGCGCAUCGUCCGGGGGCUGGUGCGCGGCUUCAAGGAGAGGGGGAAGCGGCGCGCACUGAGGGGUGAGGACGAGAGCAACAUCGAGACCCAGGACAGCAGAAGUGGCGGCGAGAGCGAGACCGACUCGUCAGUGGUCAACGCAUCUGAGGAGCCGCGGACACUGACCAAGACGAGCAGGCAGCCGCGCGACACUGUCUCCAAUGCCAACGCAUACCCCGUCGAGACGGCCGGGGAGGGCGUCAUCCUCGGGGCACUCAACCAAACCGACCGCCGGCCGCUACUGCCGCACAAGCAGCAGACGAGGCACCGGGCGUCCAUCAACGGGCACCUGGAGAUCGAAUCACAGCCGGCAAGUGUAGGCCACGCCCCCGCCAGCAUCGAGGUCAUUGGUGCGACCGUCGCUCAGAACGCGGCAGCUGCAGAUGGGGAGCAGCAGUGGGGGUCGGCCGCGGCAGCUGGCGGGACCACUGAGCAGCAGCGGCAACACAUGACGCCCUUCGUGUUGAUGGCCGGGCGGGACAGGCCGAGAGAUGCAGCAGGAGGGGCAGCAUCUGGCAGCUCAGCAGCCAAUGCCCCACCAUAGUAGCUAGGAGUGAACAGAGAGGGUCGUUCGUUCGUCAUUGCCAUUCAUUUCCUCGGCACUGUGUUGUUGAAGCGUUCGGUCGCCGUUGCGUUUUUUUGGCUGCCACACGAGUGUGAGAGAUGUUUGUUUUCUUUUUGAUAUGGACAUGUAUACAGCCUGUGUGCAUGCGAUGCGCGUGACGCGCCGUUGUCCCUGCUGCUGCUGCUGUCGAGUGCAGCGCUCUGUGUUUGUGUGUGUGUGUGUGUGUGUGUGUAGGCAGCCUUCUCGUGGAUGAGGCUGACCGUAGUAGCCAGAUGGAUGCCGUUGAUGUGUACUGAAUGAGUUUUGUGAGUGAGUGCAGAGUGCGUUUUUGGAGACUGGAGAGACCUACUUGGGGGUGUGCGACUGCGCAUACGUUGCAUGUCGGUGAAGGUCCAUCUCAU